GCCAUUGUUGCUUUCUCAAGAAUCAUUUCCUUCUGGAUGAUGCCCUCAGACUGAACUCUAGGACCAGCCUGGUUAUAGAUAAUGCGAAGUUGCAGUCAGGGAUUCGAGCUGCUAGCAUGGCUUCGACGACCCCCUUGACCACAUGGAUGGCGGAGCUCGCAGUCGCACUUCUCCCUUCAAUAUCAACAUCGUUGCAAGUCCGUAAACUAAAGGAAAACUUCCUGCGUACCAUCAGAAAUCACAACUACGCGCGCACGAACCAGUUUGAGGUCAACGAACGCCUUACCGGGCUCGAAGAAAAGUUCCAGGCCUUUAACCUCGAUGACUUGGCAGCAAAACUCUACUCUUGCAGAGUCGAGUUGCGAUCUCACGAUGAUCGCUGGAUUCCCGACGUCUUGGACCUUCUUCUCCAUUUGUCUGAUAACCCAGCCAAGAGUACUCGCGUUGGCGAUGUGGCCGCCGGCAGGCUUGCACAACAGGGCCCCGAAGUGCUCACAUGGAAGGAAAUCGAGGCUGAUGACCCGAUCGAUCGCCAAGAUUCAAUUUGGGAGAUUCCUAACUAUAGUGACUUAAGUUCGGACGAGGACGAGGCAGAUGGAGGGUCCUUGAGUAGCGCUGCUGUGUCUCCCGGUCCCUUGAGAAACAAAGCGUUGGGCGGGAAAUUUUCUGCACGCGUCUUGGACGACUUAGGCCCAUCUUUGCAUUCCACGGUCUCUCAGCUGAAUGACAUUCAGUUCUGGAGACUGCCGGGCCCCGAAGUCUGUCUCACGGAAACGCAAGCAAUGCAAGAAGUCUUGCUCAUGCUACAAGGAAUCCAGACGUCAGUCUUCAAUAUUCUUCCAAAUGCCAUUGAACCAGAUCCGCGCUAUCGACUCAAGCAUCUCGACGCAGCAGCCUCCUCAAGUUUGUUAUGUGAAGUUGCAGCCCUGGGUUCCGAAAUCAAUUCGAUUCGGAGCUGGCUUCAUCUCAGUCAGGAAAGCAAUGUCAUGCAGUUGAUCGAGGACCGCAUUCGAGAGAGCCUUUCUGCAAUUGAAAUUUCUUUUUCGACGAUGCAGGAUCAUGUUCUUCAACGACUGCCUUCUGCGGGGAUCGAAAGCCUCCUCCAGGUUCUUCAAGUGGCCCGCUCGACAAGUCUUCCGUUGCGAAGUAUGCUGAAAGUUCUCCCAUUGUUGCCACCAAAUGACCCUGUCACUGCCCUUGACAACUUGUUUGCUUUCAUAGAUUCUACUUACUGUUGUCACGACGAGAAAACUCACGGACUUGCACUCUCGAUCUUUAUCGCAGCGUUUCAGCUCUACGCAAGACCAUUGGACACCUGGAUCUCCACUGGGAGUAUCAGGGAAGAUGGCAUACGAUUAUUUAUCUCCGAGAAUCCUCAUCCCGUGGAACGUUUGACACUGUGGCAUAACUGGUUUCACAUCACUGCCGACGACGAUACCCGGGUACCGACCUUUCUCAAGCAGGGUGCACAGAACAUUCUCACAAUUGGCAAGACCGCGGCUUUUCUGGCUCAGCUGCAGGCUGGUCCCGGAGCAUUCGAGGCCAUUGAGCCCCUGGCCACUUCAGCCAAAGAGGCGUAUGAUCUCGCGCAACAACAAUCAUCAACUUCAUUUUGUGCGAUUUUUGACAUGAUAGUCAACAGGCAUCUGGCAACUGCGCUCGCUAAUACGACGGCUAAGCUCACAAUGUUGCUUGAAGAAGAAUGCGGCUUCAGCCGUCUCCUCGAUGCGCUUGAGCAUGUCUUUCUUUGUAGGAAUGGCGCCGUGUGGCAAAAGUUUGAAUGCCGGGUUUUCGAGCAAAUUGAUCGAUGUGUUGAGGUCUGGAAUGAUCGUUUUCUUUGCGCCGAUGCUCUUGUCGACACCUUUUCCAGUGUUGACAGCAUCGAUCCUGAGCUCAUUACGGUUCGAUCUGCUUAUACAUCCUCACGGACGAUGGAAAGCCGCCGACGCUCGGUCAAAAUCUUGAGUGCUUUGACAGUGUCCUAUGAAGUCUUUUGGCCAAUCGCAAACGUCAUACUUCCCCGAUCGAUUACAUCAUAUCAAAAGAUUGCUUUGCUCCUCCGUCAACUCCGGCGUGUGAGAUUCAGCCUUGAACGACGCGCAUAUUUCUGCACCCAGAAUGUCUCACUCGGAGCAGGACCAGUGCAGAAGUUGGGCCAAGGAUUAUGUUUUCAGUUGUCCUUCUUCAUCAAUACUGUCUACAAUCACCUGACUGGGUGCGUGAUUGACUCAUUGACAUCGUCGGCUCGAGCACGACUUUCUGGGACGAUCGAUGAAAUGAUUGCGGUGCACGCCAGUUAUAUUUCGGCUCUGGAGCAUGGUUGCUUGUGUAGCAAGCGAAUACAACCUCUCCGGGAAGCCCUCGUGUCAACGAUGGACCUGUGUAUUCGUUUCACAGAUGUUGUGUCUUCUCCAUUAACCCAAGGACGGAACUCGGAUGACUUCGAAGCCGGAUCGUUCUUCUCGGCACACAGUCAGCGAUACCACAAACGCAGACGUGCAGUAGAGUCGGAAAGUAGUUCAGAUGAAGAGGUAACGAGUGACGGAGGGGAGGGCUAUUCAACCUUCAUCCUGGACGAAGACACCAGCAUUCUGGACGAACUGGUGAAAAUAAGGGCUGACUUCAAAAAGCAUGUUGCAUUCCUGACAGCAGGACUAAGAGGCGUGGCCAGGAACUCGGGAGAAAUGGGAGACUUGUUUGAACUACUUGCAGACGCCCUGGAAGGGGUCUUCCCACAAGCAUCUAGACAUGUUUCUCAAUAGAUAGAUAUAAUCUCAGCCUUUCAGCC